AUGGCGCAGAGUACAUUGGUUCUGCUCAUCGAAAUAUUAUUUCUGGUGAGUUGUGUGAGUCAUAUCGCCACGACAGCAGCGGAUUAUGACGGAGAUGUGAUUCACGUCGCCGGAAAAGUAUUGUGCCAAGACUGCUCUCUUAGCUACGAGCAAUGGAUCAACGGUUCUGAACCCAUCAAAGGGGCUGUUGUAUCAAUCACUUGUAUGGACGAGAGGAGAAGAGUGGGAUACUAUGGCAGCGACAAGACCGAUGAGAGAGGCCAGUUCGAUCUAAUUGUCAAAAAAGUCCUUUACGACGGCAAGGUUCUCAAGCCUCAACUUUGUAAUGUUCGGCUCGUGUCUUCGCCGGACCAGUCAUGUAAUAUUCCGACCAAUUUUGGUGAUGGCCAAACCGGAGUGAAGCUAGUUCGACCGUUCACGGUUUUCCAGGAUUUGGUUAAGUAUGUGGUCGGACCAUUUUAUUAUACCACCCCCAUGUGUGAGAUCCCUAAAACUGAAAACGACUACUAA